AUGUCGAGUACCGGAAAGACCGUGGUCGUUCAGCUGGACAGAUCGGGUGGUUCUCAGUUCGGCAUGCACGUGCACGGAGCGAACUUGACUGUGUGCUCCAUUGACACCGGCGGCGUGGCUGCCGCGUGGAAUCAGCAGAACCCACUGUGGGCUAUCGGCAUCGGUGAUCGCAUCCUGGCCGUGAAUGGGGUUCGGAGCCGGGAAGUGAUCUUGGAACAGCUCUCCACCGCGCGGGUAAUCUCUAUCCUGCUGCUCAAGAGCAGCAAUCGGCCGUCCUUGCCGCGGCCUUUGUCCAGCUUCUCUGUGCAGCUGGCGCGCCUGGCUCACGAAGACUUCGGGAUCGAGGUCAAUGCUGGCACCAUGGAGGUGACUGGCAUUCAGAGUGAUGGUCGAGCUGCCAUGUGGAACUUAAAUCAUCCGUUCCAGGCUAUGGUGGUCGGUGACUGCCUCGUUGAGGUGAACGGUCUUCACGGCGAGAGCAUGGCUUCUCUUCUUCAAGAGGCCCUCUUGGUGGAUAUGGUCUUGCGGAGAGGCACUGGCAUCGCGAGUUUCGGCACCUUUGGGAUACGGCUACCUCCCGGCGAUUCGGUGGGACUUGAAAUGAACAAGGUCUUGGAGGUGCAGAAGAUCGAUGCAGGAAACCUGGUGGCGAAGUGGAAUACCGAGAAUCCGGCUUGUCGGCUGCAUGUGGGUGACAAGGUGCUGCAGGCCAACGGCAAAGCAACUGCACCAGAAAUACUGCGCGAGCUCUCUGCAUCAGCUCGCACCGGGUUGACAUUGGUAGUUGCGGAAGCAGAGCGGCGCAUGGAUGUCAAAAGCAGACAGGUCUACACUUUCAAGGACUGCCAGAAAGAAUGGCCCAAAGAUUCCGAGCAAGAGUGGGCGUCCAUGGUGUCUGCAGAUCAAGCUAGUAUGCCCUCAAGCCCACACGCUUGGGCUGUCCGUUUGAGGAGGUCCGAAGGCCACGGCUGGGGUUUAACCGUUGACCCGAAGUCGCUGAAAGUGCAGCAGAUUUCCGAUGAGGGCCUGAUGGCCUUCUGGAACCUGUCGAAUGCAUCGAGCGCUGUGCUCACUGGAGACCGGAUUGUGCAGGUGAGCGGCGCAGACCAGGGAAAGGCAAUGUUGCAAAUCAUGAAGCAGGCUGAGGAGAUCGAGAUGUGCAUAACCCGGGAUACAGAUCUGGGAAGCACGGCCCCUGUACAUCUUCUGAAGGUACCAGGCUCGAAGCUUGGCGUUCAACUGAACGAGGACGCCGUCGUCAAACAGGUCCUGCAAGGCCCUGGGAACCUUGUGGCUGCUUGGAACUCGAAGGAGCCGGCCGCCUCCGUGCGCAGGGGCGAUGUUAUCAAGCAGGCAGGCCCUUACACCUCCCUGGAAAGGAUCUUCCUGUAUUUACAGGAGCAGCAGAGAUUACAUCUGAUUGUUUUAAGGGCCCAACGACGGAUGGACCUGGACGGAGCUGUGCUAACUUUCGAAGAAUGUUCGGCCAAGCACUCUGCAGCGGCCGCACAUUGGGCAACGAUGCAUCCCGUUCCGGCGGCACCUGUGGCGAUUGCGACCCCGGUGUCAUACGGGGGGUUGCAGCAACCAGAAGAGGAGACUUCAGACAUCGGGUCCUAUACGGCACCCAGGUCGCUCCUGAAAAGGCCGGACUUCUACUCCACCCUAGCCGGUUGGCAGACAAGGGGUCCGCAGGCUCUUGCAAGCGAGGCGAUCAAUCAUGACAACAUCGAGAUUCCUGCUGGAUCUGUUUUCGCCUGCCCAUGCUGUGGUCGCUUCUUUGCUCUCCGUACAGAGGCAAGCGGUGAGGUCGUGUCCUUAGCGGUCGGACCUGCCGAGGCCUUGUCGCCAAUGAAGGCUGCAGCAGGUGACAGCAGUACCAAGGAUGCCCCCCAAGCCCUGCCACAGAUAGGCGAUGUUUCG